UGGUAGUGAGCUUAUUAUUAAUAGAUUUAUAAGGAAGACAUCGUGAUGGCUGACCAAGAAUUUUCUGAGCAGCAAACGAGCCUCGUUGAGGUUAUUCGUGAUGAACUACGACAAGCAGCUAUAGAGGAGAGAAGAAAUCAUCGGACAGAGGAACAAAACAAACGUAGAGCAGCUCUAGGAGAAUUGAUAACCACCGACGACACCUGGACUUUGGAUACGAUUAUUAAGAAAACAAAAGACUUGAGAAAAAAAGCCCUUUCCAUUGAUGACUACAUCAAGCUGCAAAAUUCAUUGAUACAGGACGAACAAAAUAUAAAAGGAUUUCUGUCAGUCGGAGGCUCAAUACCAGCGUUGAUUCGCGAUCUUACGAGCAUCAAACCCAGCAUUGAGCUAGCAGCUGCACAUUGUUGCUGCAAUAUUGCUCUGGGAAAUAAAUCCCAGUGCACUACUCUCUGUAAAUAUGCGGGGCCUUAUCUAGUUGAGCAGCUGGACACCUUGAGCAAUCCUUUACUAGAAAUAAGUGCCUGGACCGUUGGUAAUCUUUGUGGAGGCAGUAAAAAUGCAUUCAAAGCAUUAUAUGCACAAGGCUGUCUCUGUCGUUUACUUUCACUAUUGCGUGAUUGUGACACAAUAAUCUUACCAUCAAUUAUUUAUGCAGUUACCCAGUGCCUUAACGAAGGAUUCGAAUUGAUUAACGAUUUAGAAGCUGUCGAAAUGUCUAAAGGAAUAAUAGAACGAGGUUGUUAUGAUAAUUCAUCAGGUAUUUGGGUUCUAGCGCUUUUGUCUUCAAAAUUAGAAUGCCGUGAUACACUUUGUACUAUUUUAUCAUCGGUAUUUGAUUUACUGAUGAUUAAAAUAAAUCAAGAAACUCCAGACACCAAAUUAAUAACCGCAGCAAUGAGAUUACUUGCCAAUUUAAUACCCGAACCAACAGGAUUUGCUGCAAAUAUUAUUUUUUAUAAUCCAAAAUAUUCAAUUACUGAGGUUGAGAAAUUAUUUAAUAGGUUGUUGCUUUACCCACAUGUUCACGUGAGAAAAGAAACUCUAUGGCUGUUAGGAAAUCUUUAUAAUCAUCCUCAAGAACAAGUUAGUCAAGCAGUGAAAGAUUUACUGCCCCGUUUAGGUAAUUUGAGUCUUGCUAUCCAGUCAGUCGCUACCUAGAAAAGCACUUGGACAACUUGUGACAG